AUGCACGCAUUCUGCGAUGCCUCCGAACGAGCAUAUGCUGCCGCUGUCUACUUGCGCGGAAUCAAGGACUCAGGCGAAUUCGGAUCAUCUCUUCUGAUCGCCAAAACAAAGGUCGCUCCUCUGAGGCCGGUCUCAAUUCCGCGACUGGAACUUUGCGGUGCUCUGCUUGCUGCCCGGCUUCUUCGUCGCAUCGCGACCGAGCUGCAAAUUGCCUCCGCUCACUUAUACGCUUGGACGGAUGCGCGAGUUGUCUUGGCGUGGAUUCGGGCACACCCCUCGCGCUGGACAGCAUUUGUGGCCAACAGAGUUGCUGCCAUACAAGAAUGGUUGCCGCCAGUUCAUUGGCGCUACGUCUCUACACAGGAAAAUCCGGCCGACUUGGCCACACGAGGCAUCGCUCCCUCAGAUUUAGAGAGCUCUCAAUUGUGGUGGACUGGCCCACAAUGGCUUAAAUCUCCUUCCGAGUCUUGGUAUGCGGUUGACUCAGUCGAAUCGGAGGUUGAUGAAGAGCGUCGUUCACUUGCGACACCUUUUGCCUUAGAUUCCUGCGAAAUGGAACUCGCCCCGGAACACUUUCUCUCUCUGCCGAUGAAUCGCUGUCGCCUUCGCUGGCUCCGCAUUGUGCAACAGCAGAGCUUUGCAGCAGAGCACAAGACUCUUUCCGAAGGAGAGCCUGUAUCACGUCGCUCUGCUCUGCUCGCACUGCGACCCUUCAUCGCGGGGGAUGGUCUCAUUCGAGUCGGUGGUCGACUUGGACACGCCCCGCUGACCUUCGAGGAGAAGCAUCCAAUCAUUCUCGCCAAGGACAACCAUUUGUCGCUCUUGUUGGUACGCGACGCGCACCAUCGGACUCUCCAUGGCGGACCGCAGCUUACCCGCAGCGUACUCAUCCGCCGCUACUGGAUAUUGCGAGUUAAUUCUCUGAUCAAGUCCGUCACACGUAAUUGUGUAAGAUGCGUUCGCUUCAAGAAUGCACCCGCGCAACAGCAGAUGGGUCAUCUUCCUGGCGAUCGGGUCAGAGCUGCUCGUCCAUUCUGGUCCUCUGGCGUCGAUUAUGCCGGGCCAAUUCAGCUCCGAGCCUCCAAGGGCCGAGGACAAAAAUCUUAUAAGGGGUAUAUAUGCAUUUUCGUUUGCAUGUCCACUAGAGCAGUUCAUCUGGAGGCUGUCUCGGACCUUUCGUCUGAUUCCUUCCUGGCCGCGUUUGCACGAUUCGUAGCAAGACGAGGUCGCUGUGCGCGCCUUGCCAGCGACAAUGGGACCAAUUUCCGAGGACCGGACAAGGUCUUGCGAGACAUGUUUCAAGCGGCAUCAGACUUCUAUCACGAAUGCCGAGACAAACUAGCGCAGGACAGUACCGAGUGGCACUUCAUUCCCCCGUCAGCUCCGCACUUCGGCGGGCUGUUGGAGGCGGGCGUGAAGGCCAUCAAGUAUCAUCUUCAGCGCGUUCUGGGUGACCAGCUUCUCACCUACGAAGAGUUGUCUACUCUCCUUUGUGAAAUAGAGGCGUGCCUCAAUUCCAGGCCGCUCUAUCCUUUAAGUAACGAUCCAGCUGACUACGCUGCGAUCACUCCUGGACACUUCCUAAUUGGUGAAACUCCAAUCAACAUUCCGGAGCCUCCAUCUCCUGUCAAGACUUCCAGCUCGGCCACCUCACGUUAUAAGUUGAUUUCUAACAUGCGUGAUCAUUUUUGGCACAGGUGGUCGCAGGAGUAUCUCCAGCACCUUCAGCAGCUCGGAAGGUGGAGACAUCGUUUUGCCAAUCUCCAACCUGGAGCUCUAGUUCUCAUCAAGGACGACUUGAGACCACCCGCAAAGUGGUCUCUCGGACGAGUCGUUCAGGUGCAUCCCGGCGACGACGGGCUCGUACGCGUUGUUACAGUGAACACUCCCACCUCACAGUUACGUCGCCCAAUCUCGAAGAUCUGCCCGCUUCCGAUCAACCAUGAGGAAGCAAAUCACGCUACCAACUAA